UCUGAUUGGUCAACCCACGUGCCUUUGUCUCCGCCUCAUCCCUUUACCCUUACCAAUCACAAAACGCAUUCUCUUCCUGUUAUGCUUGGCCUGGCUGUGCCUUAGAACCCAGCUGGACCAAUCUGUGGAACAGAUGGGUGGGAACUUACAAGUUCCAUCCUCUUUCUUCUUUAAAAAGCCAGAUGCAGGUUGGCUGCUGUCUUACAUUGAGCUAGGAUACUGGACGCAACUGCCGUUCUGAAUGUAGAUUAUAUUUUUUAAUUGUUGUCUUGUCUAGAUGUAGGCAACAUAUGGAUUUCCAAUACUGAGAAUUAAUUAUUUUUCCGUUCGCUUUCUAUUGCUAGCAGACCUGGCAGAUCACUUCUGGUAUUUAUAUAUACAGGCUUGCCAUAGAACAGAGAAACUAAAGGAGGCAUCGCCCAUUAGAGGGCCUGAAUGAGAGAACAGAGGAUUGAAACAGUGUAGGUGCAGAAACAGGGUUAGGUAGAUAGAUUGCCAUGAGAGAAGAUCCAUCAAGCUGUGGUGAAUACCCUGAGGGAGGGGUGGUGUCCAGCGAGGAGGAGCCAGACUGCGCUCCAAACAAAUGCCCUGUGGUGGUGGUAACACCAGGGGCUGGUGGGCGCAAAAGGGUCACCAGGAAAGACAACAUUUCAUCGCCAACAGAGGACAACAAGUCAACAACAGGAGGGUCUCCCAGUCUGAUCCCAUCAGGACCCAAGAGGCCUAAGAAGAGUCCCCAGCCCUCCCUGUCUCCUCUCCCCAUCCCAGGCCAGCCCCUGGAGGAUCCUCAGCACCAGCGGGUGGUUGCCAAUGUACGGGAGCGCCAACGGACGCAGUCCCUGAACGACGCCUUUGCCUCGCUUCGUAAGAUCAUCCCCACGCUGCCGUCAGACAAGCUGAGCAAGAUCCAGAUCCUGAAGCUGGCCUCGCGCUACAUUGACUUCCUCUACCAAGUCCUGCAGAGUGAUGAGAUGGAUGCCAAGUUGGCCAGCUGUAACUACCUAGCCCACGAGAGACUCAGCUACGCAUUCUCAGUGUGGAGGAUGGAGGGGGCCUGGUCCAUGUCCGCUACCCACUAGCCUUCCCACUUACCUCUCUAACACCCCCUCGCCUCCUUCCCCCUCGCCCUCCCCCAGCAAUCUCCCAUGACCUCUGACCCCUGCUCUGUGACCCGCAUCCUCACAUCAUCUAACUCCUCCACCACUCUACACCAGCAUCUGACCAAGGCGAUUGAGAAGCCUCCCCGUUGGUCUGCAAUCCCUUUAUUUACUGGUUUGUACUUACACCUCUGGACCAACUAAAUAACAGAUCUGAGCCCUGCCCUCUGUAGAGACUUCAGCUUCCUCGAGCCCACACAGAAUCACAGAAUCGAUGGGACAACGAUUCUGAGCCAUAAGCAGGCCUAGAAGAGGGACAACUAUAGCUUAUUCUGACCUGGAAAUUGCAACUUGACUUGGAAACAGUUUUGUACAAAAAUGUAAGUCAUGGGAAUGUUCUUAUUGUAGUGUAAAUACAUGUAGUCACAAAGAACUGUCUGUAAACCAAUAGAAAAUUAUUAAUUAAAAGGGAAUCAGUUGCUGUAAAGAGUGUAUUUGUAAUACAAUUGUAGAUAUGUGGAUAAAAUUUGCCUUGUGAUUUUCUUGUCUAGAUAAUAAAAUGUGUAUUUGAGCAUC